AUGUCGUUUUCCCCGAGUGUUCUCGCCAAAAAGCUCCUGUCGCUCCAGGAAACGCAGGAUUCUAUUGUCACUAUUUCCCAAUGGGUCUUAUUCCAUCAGCGUCACAGUAAAGAAGCAGCAUCAACAUGGGCCACAUAUAUCACCGAAGACCCCGAUGCACGCAGCUCCAAAAAAAGAUUGUCACUCUUAUACUUAUGCAACGAUGUAGUGCAACAAGCACGUCACAAACGCAAGCAAGAAUUCAUCGAUGAAUUUGCUGCAGUAUUACCGGGGGUAUUGAUGAAAAUUUAUGCAUCGUUGGACCCCACCAUACAACCGAAAGUGGGCCGUUUAAUAGGGGUGUGGGAGCAGCGGCAUGUGUUUUCGGCACUGGUGAUUUCCGACCUCCGGGAGGCCGUAAAGGCUGCAUCCUCUCCAAAUGCAUCAGCCUCUGCAUCCGCCUCUGCAUCCGCCUCUGCAAACACCCCGCUGGCCCCAACUAUAAAUUCUGUCCCUGACCUCCGUCUUCUUACAGAAACUUACCUCCAUCUAAAUAAACUUGUAGAUAUCACCCUGGAAACUUUAUCGCAGGUGGGAAUGAUGUCCAAAACUUACCUUUCCCCUACAUCAUCCGAGAGCCUUCCAGCUCCUCGAGAAUACAUUUCAAAAUUAAACCAGUUGGAACAGUUGUGUAAGUCUUCCACGGCAAAUAUCGAAGAGUUGAAAAAAGUUCGCCUUGAUGCCAUCAAGCAAUUGGAUGGUCUUCGGGCCAAUAUUAAUGAUUCUUUACAGGGCGACGAGGGAAAGUUGAAUAUUAUUCAAAAGCGAUUGACAGCUUUGAAAGAAACCAGAUCUGAGUUGUUUGACAUGAUAAAUGGGGAAAAAGAAUCCGAGCCUUCUGGUCCAGGAUCUGAACCAGAAUCAGAGCCGGAAGCACCUCCUCUCGACGAUGAUGAUGAGGUGCCAACUUACAAUGACAGUGAUGAGGAACAACCACCAAAACGCCAAAAGGUAUCGCACAAUCUGUUUCGUAAUUCCAAGUCUCCUUCUGAUAAGAAAGUUGCCUUCUCUGAUAACAUUGAGAUCAAGGAGUUUCGCUCCGAGGACGAGUCAAGAGGCAUCAGCAUCGUACGGAGUGUAGACGACACCGAUGACGAUAGCAUAUACGAUAAUGAUGAGGUAUUGGGUAUCUCAAGCGAGUUCACAAGGCACCAUAAAGAUGAUCUCGAACUAAAACACGAACACGAAUCUACAGAUGAAGAUGGUUACAAUCCGUCGUCGGGGGUUGAUUCUGACCAUGAAUCAAAUGUGAAUCCUAGUGUGUUGAAUCUUUUAUCCAAACUAGCAUAA